CGUCUUAUUUUCGGACACAAACUUCUAUCAUCUGCACAUGCUUUGUGGACAAUUUCUAUGCUUCCUGUUACGCUACUUCUCAUGGUACCAGGUGGGGUUUGGAAUCAGACCACAUCUUAGAUGCUGACUCUAUCACCCAAUACUACAGAAAUGGUGCAAAAACAGUGACAGACCUUUAUAUAUUUGCGUUUGAUGUGCAGAAAGCAAGCUAGAAAAGCCAAAAGUGACCACUUUUUUUCUUUCUUGAUCAAAUCACCAAUGGCAACAUUCCAUUGCCUGAGUUCUAGCUAUUACCAUUACAAGAAUUGCAAUACUGGUUUUGUGGACUUUAGAUUCAAAAGAAGCAGCUAUGUUGUCAGGUGUGAAAGGGCAAGUUGUUGUAAUCAAGGUUCUUCAUGUGUAGAGAGGGAUGAGAAGAGGAGGCUCAGGAUCUUGAUUGCUGGUGGGGGUAUAGGGGGGUUGGUUUUGGCUUUAGCAGCAAAACAUAGAGGAUAUGACGUGAAGGUGUUUGAGAAGGAUUUGAGUGCAGUAAGAGGGGAGGGUAGGCACAGGGGUCCUAUUCAAUUAUUGAGUAGUGCUUUGGCAGUUUUGCAGGUUAUUGAUGGGAAUGUUGCAAAGCAAAUUAUGGACGCUGGCUGUGUUACUGGUGACCGCAUCAAUGGCGUUGCAGAUGGCGUCUCAGGUAAAUGGUUUAUUAAAUUUAAUCUCUUGAAUCAUGCUAUGAAGAGAGGACUCCCUGUUACCUCUGUUAUAUGUAGAAUGGCAUUGCAAGACAUUUUACUCAACGGUGUUGGUUUAGACAUAGUAAGAAACAAAUCUAAAGUUGUUGACUUCAUGCAAGAUUCUAACAAGGUUACAGUGAUCCUUGAGGAUGGACAGCAUUAUGAUGGUGAUGUUUUAGUUGGGGCAGAUGGCAUAUGGUCAAAAGUUCGGUCAAAACUUUUUGGGCAGGAGGAUGCAAAAUAUUCAGAUUAUACAUGCUAUAGUGGACUUGCAAACUUUGUCCCACCUUAUGUUGACUCUAUUGGGUAUCGGGUGUUCUUAGGAUUGAACCAGUACUUUGUUGCUUCAGAUGUUGGAAAUGGAAAGAUGCAAUGGUAUGCUUUCCACAAAGAGCCUCCUAAUAACACAGAUCCUCCAAGAGGAAAGAAGAAGAGACUGCUAAAUUUGUUUGGACACUGGUGUAAGGAAGUAGUUGAACUAAUAUCAGAAACACAAGAGGAUAUGAUUCUACGAAGGGACAUUUAUGAUAGAGACAUGAUCCACACCUGGGGGAUUGGAAGGGUGACUCUGCUAGGCGAUGCUGCUCAUCCGAUGCAACCAAAUCUGGGGCAAGGGGGUUGCAUGGCAAUUGAGGACUGCUACCAACUUAUUCUCGAGCUCGAUAAGUUUGUCAAGAGUGGCUUAGAUUUUCAACAGUCAAACGAAAUUUCCACCAUGCUUCGAAGGUACGAGAAGAAAAGAAUGUUCCGCGUUAGUACAGUGCAUGCAGCCAGCCGAAUGGCAUCGAAAGCGCUCACCGCUUACCGACCUUACAUGGAAUUUGGAUCUGGCUCCUUGUCUUUUAUGCUGUCACAGUAUAUAUCAUCUCCAAAGAUAACCAAGCCCUCAGUUCUUGUGGUACGUGCUUUUCUACAAAUUUUCAUGCCGCAAUUCAUGAUUUGGAUGAUGGCUGGCCAUGGAUUUUGGUGAAAGAGGAACAGAAGAAUUUGAACUCAUGCUACCUUCAAUGGCCUCACCUAUGUUUUGAAAUUAGUCCAGUUCUUAGAAAAUGCCUACUUCCUGUGAUGGGAUUUCAGGUUAAGCAGGAGCAGUAAUAACAAGAACAUCAGAAAUGUCAUAAUCACAGCACAUAGAAGCAGCCAUUUAUGAUCAAUAUUUACCUCCUAGACCAUUUUCUCGGCCUCUUCACAGCCCCUUUCCUCCACUGUCCCUCCCACACUUUCCUGAACCAUACUCACCUCAGCUGCCUUCUUCGAUGGCCUGACAACGUUCCUCUUUGAGGACCUACUCUUCUGUUUUCAGGUUUUUUAUCACUACUAUUAAUCAACACUCUUUCCUCCCUUUCCUCAACUUCCAUCCUCUUUUCACACUCCACCACCAUCACUAGCUCCUCUGUUAUUCUUCUGCGGUGUCUCUACGGGAGAAAUCUUCUUUAUUCUGUUCAAGAAAUCAACUGCACUUCAUUUCUUCUCCGAUGGAUUGCCUCAGUUUCUUCUUUUCAGUUUUGGGAGUCUUAGGCUUAUCAGAUGCACCAACUUUUGUGCCAGGGCUUGCAUUUUGCUUGUUGCUUGGAGGACUAGAACCUUUAGCAAGUGCUUGAUUAGGCUAGAUUCCUAUGGUGUUUAAAGCAUGAGAUCUCAAGUUAUGAGUACUCUUUAAAAAUACA